AUUGUAGACGAGGCUAAACGAGCACUACACGACGCUCUAUGUGUCGUCCGAAACUUGGUGGUAGAUAAUCGAGUCGUAUAUGGUGGAGGUUCCGCAGAGAUCAGCUGUUCCCUCGCUGUAGCCAAAGCUGCCGAUGAGAUUCCGAGCAUCGAACAAUACGCAAUGCGCGCCUUUUCCGCAGCCCUGGAUGCAGUUCCACUGGCUCUAGCUGAGAACAGUGGUCUACCACCGAUCGAGACAUUGGCAGCAGUCAAGAGUCAGCAGAUCGCAGAGGGAAGCUCACGGCUCGGUGUCGACUGUGUCGGCAAGGGACACAAUGACAUGAAGGAGCAGUUUGUGUAUGACCCGCUCAUCUCAAAACGCCAACAAUAUCUCCUGGCGACCCAACUAGUUUCUCACACUUGUGCAGACGACGUGAUCGUGUCGGGUUCAUCAGAGGAAUAG